UCGUCAUCAACACAACGAUAACCAAACUAGGUAGUUUUCUCUCACUUGCUGUGUCUGUUAAGCUACUGACGACUGGUUGUUUUUUACGUCUAAUUUUGAAGCCAGUACCAAAGUCACCAAUCAACAUGGCAAGCAGACCUACCGGUUACGGACUGACAGCAGAGCUGAAAGCUAAGCAAAAAGCUAAAUAUGACAUUGAAAGAGAAAAAGAAUGUCGUAACUGGAUUGAAGGAUGCACAGGGAACCAGCUGUCAGAUCAAGAGCUGGGUUCUGAACAUCUUCAGAAAUCAUUAAAAAAUGGAAUUGCAGUUUGCAACCUUAUCAAUGUGUUGGCACCAGGGUCAGUCAAGAAAAUCAAUGAAAGUACCAUGGCAUUUAAACAGAUGGAAAAUAUAGGCAAAUUUUUGGAUGCUACCAAAGAAUAUGGUGUCCCAUCAUCACAAUUGUUUCAAACUGUAGAUCUCUAUGAAGGACAAAAUAUGGUGUCGGUCAUUGAUUGUAUUUGGGCUUUGGCAUCACAGGCCCAGAAAAAAGGAUAUGCUGGCCCAGUCUGGGGUGUGAAGGUUGCUGAUAAAAAUGUUCGAGAGUUUGACGAGGCAACCCUACGUGCAGGCCAGGGCGAGAUCGGAUUACAGGCGGGAUAUAACAAAGGCGCAACACAAGCGGGCAUGACAGCUUAUGGUACCACCCGACAUAUGUAACCAUGGUUACAGUGACCAUGGAUUCCAUUUUUUCACACCCGAGUGGUUUCCAAAUAGAGACCUAUCUAAUUAGCAUAGAAUACAGUGCUUAAAAUAAAUGUUAAUUAUGCAUUGUUUUAGGUACCUUACAGUCGAUUCUCGUCAAUGUUUUUUUUUUACGAAUCCACAUGCAAUCAAUUUGAUAGCAACGUCAUUUCAUCGUAAUACCAAACAGAUAUUUGAAUUAUCACUGCUUUGAAUGUGUUGAGUUGUGUAGGGCAUACGCUAGUAAAGAUUUACACACACACCUUUCAGAAAUUGAUAUUUUACUGUCAUUUUUAGGGGGCUGUGUCAAUCUUGCAUUUGAAUUAAUUACUGAAUAUAGUAAGAGCCUUGUGAAAAUGGGAUAUAAAAUAGAUGACAAGUGUAAAGACAGCUGAAGUUUCAGACUAUGACUAAUGCAUUAAUUCAUAUGUCACCACACACCUCUAAGAUGGUAGUAUAAAAUCUCUAAAUCUGCUGCUUUAACCUCUUCCCCACCAGACUUUCUCACCCAAAUUUGUCAGCACUUUUUUUCUAAUAUUCUUCAAUAUUUCUGGAAAAGAAUACUAAUUUUAGAGUCAACAAACAAAAUUCUCGCCAAUUUUCAGUUUUCACUCAAAAAAUUUGGCUAUUUUUGUUCCUUUUUUGUAUCUUUUGAAAGGAAAGUGCAGACUAUAAUCAAGACUAUUAUGUGAAUUUGUGAUGAAAAGAAGGAACUUGUGGUGAAAUGGUUAAUAGGAAGUACAUAAUUUUUAUUGCUAAUAUAUUUAUCGAUGGAAACAAGCAAUGUAUUAUGUUUUGUAUCAGUAUUUCAAAAGCAAAAAUUGAAUUGCUUAUUGAGCUAUCUCUAUCUUUAGCAUGAACAUAAGACCUUGCACGUGCUGUUUGUUUAUUCACAUUCAUGUGUUCCAAACAAAUAGUUGCUCCCUGCAUAAUAAGCAGAGUCCUUAGAUGUAUUUCAACUUUCUUUUUUUUGGUGGAUAUAAUUGACAUAAUCCUAGCUGAUUUUUUUCUGUUUAUUUCUGCAUCUAUCCAUGAAACCUUUCCAUAGGCAAUGCGCAGAUAUCACAUUUGCUUUGUAGAUAAAAAAAAGUAAAUUUAUGUUUAAUUUUAGUUAUUAUAAAUAUAUAUUUUAAGUAUUAGUAGCUUUGCGGUCAUUAGAUGUACUGUGUAGACUAAUUUAAUGUAAAUGAUUUAUUUUAUAUGCAUUGUAUGUAUACAUGGUACCCAUAUGGUGUUUUACUGGAUUCAGUAAUUGCAUUGCCAGUAUUUAGGUAAAACUCAACUAUUCUGUAUGCCUGUCUGUCUGCACAUCUUUCUUUCUGUCUUGGCACUGCUAUGCAAGGUACAGUUAACAGUUCAAUUUCUCGACAACAAUUUUUACUAAUUUCACGAAUCUGGAGAAGUUAUAAAAAUUCAUGACUGACAUAUUUUUAGUCGCAAUGUUUAUAAAGUGUGGAUUUUAAUCCUACUGCUGCCGUCGUGUGCGAGGCUUGCCAGGGUAUUGUGGACUACUGGUAAUUUCAAAAUAUAAAGUAGUACCCUGGAAUUUUCAUGAAUUUUCAUGCCUGGAACUUGUCUUACUUACAAUGUAGUAAUUAAGUUUCAAUUAUGAAUAAUAAUGAAUCUUGGGACCAAUUUAUAUUUAUGUCUUUUCAGGCAUUUUCUUUCACGUUAGUUGUCUUUAUUUGUGUUUUUUUUCUAAAUUUAGUUAAAAAAAAAUUGGCAUUCAGACUGAUGAAUAAAUUUAAUAUUUUACAAUAAAUUAGAAGUUUGGAUAACUUGACGAUAACUUCUCAGGACUAAAGUUUUGUGCCAUAUUUAGCACAUGUAGAAGGCUCUUCUCAAUUAUCUAAGCUCUUAAUACCCAUCAAAUCAUAAAAUGCUUGUGUAUGUUUUUACCCUGCUCAUGGUAAUUGUAUUGCAUACACUAGGCAUCUUAAAGUCUAUUUUUGCAUCAUAACCACAUCACUGACGCUGUUCACUUUGACAAAGUUCUCAACAACCUGUGUGCGUCCAGGCACAUAAUGCAUUAAUUCAAUACAAUGCUGAUAUUCAGAAAUAUAGAAUCUGUGCUUUUUCCUGUACAUGUAAUUAAAUCUUGUCAGUAAUGCGCCAGAAAUUCAUUACAUUCCUUUAAUUUCAAUUUUUUGCAUGUAUUUUUCUGCAUGGUAAAAGAAACUUUGAGACCAUAUCUAUAUUUGAGGGGAAAACUCAUGCGACUUCUAUAACUAUGUACAUUUUAAAAUCGUUAAUUCAGAUUUUUUUCUAUAAAUUGUAUAUCUAUGCAGCAUGUAUACAAGAAUUUAUUGCAUAUUUGCCAAGUCUAUAUACAUAUUCUUUUCUAGAGUUUAUGGGAGAAAUUUUUGUUAUUUCAUAAAUAUUUGUAGUGUCUGUAAUUAAAGAUAGUAAA